CAUAGAGACGGAGAGAAAGUACUUCCAAUGUCUAUGGUUUUUUAGACCUUCCUGUUUUCAUUACCAUCGGCCUGGCGGCUGUGUGCGCGACACUUUCCGGCUUUUGGGGCGCUUCACAGGCAAGAUGGCGUCGGGCAGUGGGGCUAAAAACCUGGAUUUCCGCCGGAAGUGGGACAAAGAUGAAUAUGAGAAGCUUGCAGAGAAACGGCUCACAGAGGAGAGAGAAAAGAAAGAUGGCAAACCAGUACAGCCUGUCAAGCGUGAGCUUCUUCGUCACCGAGACUAUAAGGUGGACCUGGAAUCCAAACUGGGGAAAACGAUUGUUAUUACCAAAACGACUCCCCAGUCUGAGAUGGGAGGGUAUUAUUGUAAUGUCUGUGAUUGUGUAGUGAAAGAUUCCAUCAACUUUUUGGAUCAUAUCAAUGGCAAAAAACAUCAGAGGAAUCUGGGCAUGUCCAUGAGAGUGGAGCGCUCCACUCUGGAUCAAGUGAAGAAACGCUUUGAAGUGAACAAGAAGAAAAUGGAGGAGAAGCAGAAGGAUUAUGACUUUGAAGAGAGGAUGAAGGAGCUCAGAGAAGAGGAGGAAAAGGCCAAAGCCUACAAAAAGGAGAAACAGAGGGAGAAGAAAAGGAGGGCUGAGGAAGACUUGACAUUUGAGGAGGACGAUGAAAUGGCCGCUGUGAUGGGUUUCUCUGGCUUUGGCUCGACCAAGAAGAGCCACUAACUAGCCACGGACUUUCCUCUAGUCAGAGAUUUUCUGCCCAGGUGAUACUUGAAGAAAAUUAGAAGACUUUACAGAGAAUUUGUUUCUAAACAUCCUGGUAGAAGUUGGGAAGCAAUUCCACACUCUCCCUGUGUGGGGCUGGCGAUGCCUUUCCAUCACCAGUUCCUUCCUGCCUGCAAAGAUAGCAUCACAUUUGCCUGUAUGGUGGUAAACCUAAAUAUCCUAUAAAGAACUUUAAAUUAGCAUCUCCUCUCUCCCCCAAUCUUCUUACAAUAGUUAGGGUAAACCUAUUGUCAAGAUAUCUUUCCCUUUUUUUAAAAAAAAGAAAAAUUAAUCUCUUAAUGUUCUAUGAAGAGUUUGCAGCUGAAUAUUUCUUUUUGACUACCUGCCCCCACUCGCCAGCCCCCCCACCCAAACUCUUGGUCUAGCCUGCAGUUGUUGCUUUCCCUGUAUGCAUACUACCUGCUUCUCACUUUGUGCUGUGUGGCCUUGUGUGCAUGGGAGACCUUCUGCUGGGUAUAUUUUCCUGUUAAUAAACUGGUAAAAAAUCCUGUGCAUGAGUUUCUUUGGAAAUUGUAAUAAUUGUGUUGUUUAUUUGGGGAUUCCACCUAUAAAAUGGGUAUAAGUGUGUGUUCUUGUAGGCUGAGGAUAGUGUAUGUUACCUUAAGGGAGCCGGGGAGUUUAUUUUAGCUUGUCUAGCUGACAGAGCAUGGAGCUGUUUGCAUUCUGAGCUUGCUGAAAUGUCCUUCUUUAUAUUUUAUAGCUUCAAUAGAUUACUUACAUGGAGGAGGAGGUUUCUCUCUCCUUCUCCCUCCACCCCCAAUUUAAGUAAAAGGUAAGAUAAGGUAGACGGGGUUCCACUAGGGCCCAUGCUAGUGGAAAAGAAUUUUAUUUAUUUAUUUAUUUUAAAGCAGGGAAAUUAUUGUUAGAAACAGCAGCAAAUUGUGGUGCUGUGUUGUCAACCGAAAGCUUGGACUCUCUCAACAGCACCAGAUGACCUUUCAUGGAGGGGCAUACUUUUCUAGGAAAUUUAGAUCCAACAAAAGGAAGUACUUUUUCACACAGCACAUAAUUAAUCUACGGAAUUCUUUGCCACGGGAUGUGGUGAUGGCCACUAGUUUUAAAAAGGGCUUACACAAAUGCACGGAGGACAAGUCUAUCAAUGGCUACUAGUCUGGUGGCUAUAGGCCACCUCUAGCCUCAAAGUCAACUCUCAAUGCCAGUUGUAGGGGAGCAACAGCAAGGAGAGAGGGCAUGCCCUCACCUCUUGCCUGUGAGCUUCUCAGAGGCAUCUGGUGGGCCCUGUGUGCUGGACUGGAUGGGCCUUGGGCCUGAUCCAGCGGGGCUGUUCUUAUGUUACACUGAAAAUUCUCAGUUUAAGGACAGUUUCCAAGGUUAAAGCAAUGAAUUGGUCUCCUUUGGGUUUAAUGCAUGUACUGAGAAGGAAUCCUAGAUGAGUCUCUCUCCUAAACCAGAAAUGAUUGCUUAGUAUCUAGCUAUCAUAACUGUACUGAAUGCCUAUCCCUAAAUUUUAUCUGAGCAGGUAUAGGAGGAGUAGAAGGGACAGGACACCUCUCCCAUCUUUAUUCAGGUUGGACAAGUGCUAUCUGUGCCGCUCCAGCUGCUCUUUAUGCCCUGUGUCAUUUUCAUUGCUUUCUUGAUUUAGUUCAGCCAAACCCUCUAUGACUCAUUCAUUGCCUUUUUUGGUUUAGGAUAAUUUACAUCUGGUGUAGCUGAUUUUCAUAGUGCCUUCCUUUUUAUAUUGAUGGGAUCAUUGUUCUUGCCUUUCUCUGUACCUUUAUGGAAUCUCACAGUGUAUUGAGCUUUCUUUCAAAUACAUGUAGAAUAAAUCCUAUCAUGCUUU